CUCCAAUGGAUCGUUGACUGCUUCUUAGAUCUAUUUUGAUUUUUCUCGAAUUGUUAUUGAAUUCAUUUAACAAAUGAUCUGCUUUAAAUUAACGGAUCAAAUUAUGUUUUUUUUUCCGACCGAACCUAAAAAACCAACACUUUGAAACAAGAAUCAUCCUUUGUUAGUACUUGCUGUAGUAUUUCUCAUUAAAAUCUCCCGCCAAAUAGUGUGAUCAGUUAGUUGGAUUAUGUGCAAUCUUUUUUAUUUCUUUCCUCACUAAUCACCUAUUAGCUUGUGUGUCAAAAAAAUGUUUUUUUCACUUUCAAUUAUUUAUUGUGUUAUAAAACAAGAGUUAUAUAGUUUGUGUAGGAUAAAAAAGAAGAAGAUGGAAUCGAGCAGAGGAGGUCAAGGUGGGAUUCAGCAGUUGCUUGCUGCUGAGCAGGAAGCUCAACAGAUUGUCAAUGCUGCUAGGACGGCAAAGAUGGCAAGGCUGAAGCAAGCCAAGGAAGAGGCUGAGAAGGAGAUUGCAGAAUACAAAGCUAAAACAGAGCAAGACUUUCAGAGAAAACUUGAGGAGACUAGUGGGGACUCAGGUGCUAAUGUGAAGAGGCUGGAACAAGAGACUGAUGCCAAAAUCGAACAGUUGAAGAAUGAAGCUUCCAGGAUUUCUAAUGAUGUUGUGGAGAUGCUCCUCAAACAUGUCACCACUGUCAAGAACUGA